CUUAACCGACUGAGUCACCCAGGUGCCCCUAACAUAGAUAUAUUUUAAAAGAAAAGUUUAUGUUAUUGCCAUGAUAUCACUGUACUUACUAGUUACAAUUUUCCAAUACACAUUAAAAGUAAAUUGACAACUCUGAAAGUAAAAGAUACUCAUCAUCUGCAUGCCACUUAAAAUACACCAUGCUUUGGGAAACUACAUUAGAGCAUGCCAUAGGUUCAGGGACUAGUCAAGCAGAAAAUAAAGGAUGUACAAAGCUAUGAGCUUCACCCCUUAUCUAUAGCACAAUGACCCCAAAUGGAUGGGGUGCACGAUACAUUCAUUUAUAUCUGAGGAAAAGAGCACAGAAAGGUAUAAUUGCUUUCCAUGCUAUAGGUAGGCAUUAGAAUCCAGGCCUUGCUCCAAAAGUACUGGGGUAGCAGGUCUCUAUCAAGUCCAGUGGGAGAACUUUACCUACUGGUCAGGGCCCUAGGAAGCCUGAGCCCAGGACAAACCAGGAUUGUAUUACCAACAUUCUGCAUUCUGGCCAGAACACUACAAGUUCUAAGGUUCUGCGAAUCAUGCUAGGGUCAAGGGAUCAGAAGGGGCUGCCUCUCAAGGUACUAUGAUUUUGUUGGGUCAUAGUCCCUGAUGGGGGUGCCUGUCCAAGCCCACCAAGGUCUGACUGGCCUAGAACUGGCUGAACCCAGGCUGGAGGAGUGAUGUGCUGGCCGCGGGCAUGGGGCCAAAUCCUCUUGCCAGUUUUCCUCUCCCUCUUUCUCAUUCAGCUGCUUAUCAGCUUCUCAGAGAAUCACUUUUCCCAAAUCUCCAGACAGAGGGGCAAGCAGAGACCAAAAUCUCUGGAUGAUGCAUGUGCUGUAAAGAAAAAUUGUCAAUUGUGCACAGAAGAUAAAAAAUGUUUUUGGUGCAGUGAAGAAAGGGCUUGCAAAAAAAUGUGUUUUCCAUAUUUUGGGUGUCGAUUCAUUUCUGUGUAUUGGUUAAACUAUAGAAUUGACAUAUUUGGAUUCCUGAUGCUUCUAUUUGUCAUAAUAUUAAUUACAGGGCUCAUUUGGUAUUAUUGCACCUAUCACUAUUACCUGCAGGAAUAUGUUCAUUUUAUUUUUAGUAAGAAUGCACUCGGGGAUAAUAUCACUGAAGAGAAUGCUAAGCUAGUUAUCAGGAAAUGUUUAACCUUUUUUAUGUAAUAAAAAAUAACAUAUAUAUGAUAAGAAAAAAAACACUCAGGAGGUAACAGAAAAUUAUGAAAUGAAAAGGAAAGUUCAUCUUUCCCAUCCCUUGUCUGCCUCUGACACCUCCCGCACAGAAGCAAUCCUUCUAGUAUGAUUCUAAUGUAGUUCUUUUGAUUACUUCCUGUAUUUGAACAAUGUGGUUAUGACUCCUUUUAUUAACUUCAGCUGUUAAUCUAUGGACUCCCCAGCAUGAAAGCUGAAAAUUUAUCUUGCACUAUCCUAUUUUUCUGAUGUUAUUUUGUUCUUAGAGGGUAUUAUCAUUUUGUUAUUUUUGAAUUUUAACUACAGUUUUUCAUUAUUAGCUGUUAAGAUUGCUAGCAUUUCUUCUGUUGGUUAUCAUUUCAACUUGAUUGACUUCAUUACUUUGAGUUCUAGUUAGUGCUCUAUUUCUAUAUCCAUCAAUUCUUCCUCUGUUAUUUAAAUAAGAAAAUGUGGAACGCUGUACUUCUAUGUAUCUUCUCCUCCAUCUCCUAAACUCUAUAAGCUUUCUCACUCAUUUGACCUUAUCAAGUAUAUAAUAUUUACUUCUGUAAUUUAUCUUUAUAUUUUGAAAUGUAUAUUCUAUAGUUUGAAUAUAAAAAUUUAAGACUAAUACAAAUAAUAAAACAUAUCAGGAUUGUAUGAAUAUUGUUUAGUAAAGACCAAAGUGGAAAUAGGAAAUGUGAUUCUAUGUCACUAACCUGUAUUACUUGAAAGAGAAUUAUCUAGUGUCUAGAUCAAAUAGAUUAUCUUCCUUACUCUCCAUUUCUAAAAAACCAUGCUAUAUUUCAUAUUGUUUCAUGUUUACAAUGUGACUUUCUUAUAUAGCUUCUGCAUUUUCUAGGAUUUUUAAUUACCUUCAUUAUUUCCUGUCAAGGACAGACAUGCAUAUUUAUUCCCAUCAUUGUGAUCAUUCAUCUUAGUAUUUGGAAAAUUAUUCUCCUUUUUUAUCUUAAAAAUUUUUUUUAAAUCUUUAUUUAUUUUUGAGAGACACAGAGACCAAGUGUGAGCAAAGGGAGGAACAGAGGGAG